CCCACACGAUAUCACGGCCCACGCCCUCUCUAUGUACACGGCAGCCACUGGCGUAUUGUUAUCAUGAGAGCAACACGGCUGACUUAUUACUCCUAACAGGGACCUGCUCACAAAGCACCGGCCGAAACCUGUUUGUGUGCGCGCUUUUGUGGGGCUGGAGAAACCAGUUUGUUCUCCCUACUGAGUUUCAGGUGCAGCCUUCCCGCCACGCCCUGAUCCUAAGAAGAGCGGGGGGAGGAUCGAAGCUGGAACAGGGGUAGGGGGAAACCGAGGCACAACUUGCAGUGUUUGCUGAGACUGGAGAAGUCAUUUAAGGAACCGGGUGUUGUGGACAAACCAGGUCUAGGGGGUCGGAGAUCCAGGAGAGUAACAGGUUUCUCUUUCUUGUGGUAUUCUAGUGAAACUUGUGCAACAACAUGUCCGCCAGGCCAUUUGAAAGUCCCCCGCCAUAUCACCCAGAGGAAUACAGCAGACCAUCAAGCUAUGCACCAAGCAGAGACAUGUACGGUAGACCCUCAAAUUAUGCCCCUAGUAAAGCUGUGUAUGGUGGAGAGAUGCACUCACAGCCAGCCUACUCUUACUACCCGGAAGAUGAAAUACAGCAUUUUUACAAGUGGAGCUCCCCUCCUGGUAUAAUAAAAAUCAUGUCUAUUCUCAUUGUGGUCAUGUGUGUUGGCAUAUUUGCGUGUGUGGCUUCAACUCUACCGUGGGAUCUCGACAUCACUGGACAGUCCAUGGGUUAUGGCAUCGGGAGCGGCAGUUACAGUGGAGGAUACAAUGGCUAUGGCUUUGGAGGCUCACAGAUGGGCAUGGGUUUUGCAUAUGGAGGAAAUUAUACUGACCCGAGAGCAGCGAAAGGCUUCAUCCUUGCUAUGGCUGCUUUUUGCUUUAUCAUUGCUAUGGUGAUAUUCAUAAUGACUGUAACAAGGAACCAUACUGCCACCUCGAGAAAAUUCUACCUGAUUGUAAUCAUCGUCUGUGCAAUUAUGGGAGGCAUGGUCUUCAUUGCCACCAUUGUUUAUACCAUAGGAGUAAAUCCUGUAGCUCAGGCUUCUGGAUCUGCUUUCUACACCCAGAUUGUGUCAAUAUGCAACCAGUUCUAUUCCCCAGUACAAACCGGAGUAUUUGUGAAUCAAUAUCUUUAUCACUACUGUGUGGUAGAGCCCCAAGAGGCAAUUGCCAUAGUCCUGGGGUUCUUGAUUGUUGUGGCCUUUGCCAUUAUUAUAUUCUUUGCUGUAAAAACCCGAAAAAAGAUCGGUCAGUAUGGCAAAGCAAACAUCCUCUGGAAGAAAAACCACGUUCAUGAAGAUGGAGAUCCUCAAGUUGAACAAUGGGUUAAAAAUGUAACUGCAACUUCAGCACCUGCCUUGUCUGAUUACAAUGAGAAAACCAAUGGCUCAGUAGCGGACUAUAGAAGUGGAUAUGGGGUUCAGGCUUACCCAUCUCAGAACAUCUCUCAUCCGAUACCAGAGGAGGAGUUGCCUUUGAAAGAAGACUAUGGAAUGUCCCCACGUGCUUACAGCAGUAGUUCCGAUGCCACAAGCAAGAAGGCGCCUCCUAAGAAGCGGCCAGGAAAGCCCAGGAGGUCUGACAUUGAUAUCGAUGAAGGAGGCUAUAAUACUGGAGGAGAGUCUGCUGAUGAGUUGGAAGAUGAUAGCUGGGACAGUGAGUACCCACCCAUUGCUUCAGAUGAGCAGCGACAAGAGUACAAGCAAGAGUUUGCCAGUGAUCUGCAGGAAUACAAACUGCUGCAAGCAGAACUUGAUGAGGUUUCUAAAUCCCUGUCCCAGCUGGAUAGACAACUGGAUGAUCAUCCGGAAGAUAGUGAAGAGUAUAAGACCCUUGCAGAUGAAUACAAUCGGCUUAAGGAAAUCAAAGCGUCUGCAGAUUACAGAAACAAGAAGAAACGAUGCAAAGCUCUGAAGACAAAACUGAACCACAUCAAACAAAUGGUCAGCGACUAUGACAAUGGCAAAUAAGGGACCGUGACUUUUCAUCACCUGCUCAGUCUGUGAUCAGCUGAAGGUUUACCCGCUGCAUUCCUAUGGAUCCAUGGACCUUUCUGCUGUCGGGGGUUUUUUUUAUUGAUCGUCCAGCAAAUCUGAACUCAUAAAUAGAUUUAAACAUUAAAUGGUUAAAUCUCACGAAUGAUGUUCAGCUUAGUUAUUCUUUGUUUAGCAUGCAAAAUAUAUUUAUGUAAUAUGAAGGUUUUUCCUUUUCCGUUAUUCUGUGACCGAUAAGAAGGUUGCGUGGCAGCGUCCAGCUAAUGUUCCGCAACAAUUUUUAUUAUAGGCUACAGUAGCAGCCCAACAAACAAGGAAUUAUUUGUUUUGUUUCUUUCAAGCAGAAUGUCUUGUGUUUCUGUUCUAGUCCUUCAGCCCACUUGUAUACGAGUCUGGCUAGAAUUUUGGACAUCUCGCCCAUCUAAUGUAGUUAUAAUUAGAUUGCAAAUAACUUGUCCACUUUAAACCCUUCACCUCAAAUUCCCAUAACCCCUUGUAAACCAAAAGUUCCUAGAAGGGUUGUAGUUGGAGGAAAGCAGGCUGACCUUUCAUGGUGAAACUCAUGCAUGAUCAUAUCCUUGCUUCCCAUUUACAAGGCAGCGGCCUCAGGAUAGGAAGACUUUCAGAUGUAUUUUAAAUGUGGUGUUUUCCAGUGUAUGAGACCUCACAGCUAAUCAACAACAUAUUUCAAAAUGUGUUUAAAUGGACUGCCCGAAGUCUUGGUCAAGCUUAGCUUAGUUUUGCUCUUUGCAGAACAAAAGGAUGCUUAGAAUGCCUGAUCUGAGCAGAUUCAUGUGACUGCAAAACAAAUGUAUUAUAUGAGAUCUGUGAUUAUAACCAGCCAAUUUAUCAGCCUUUAGCAUAAACCACUUUCUGUGAAUGUGCUUAGAGCAGAGUUGUGUUCUUUUGUUACUUCGUAAUCAGUAAGGUGGUAGCCAUGCAGUGCCUUCUCUUUUAAUAUUCAACAAAAAAUUCCAGUUUGAUGAUAGAAGCUAACAUUAAUUCAGAUAUAUAUAAUUAACUACACUGUAACACGUAAACGGCAAGAAGGCAGUGUACAAAAUACUUUUUAUUAAAAUAGUUUCUAUAUGAUUAUUUAGGAUAGGAUUUUGUAUAAUAAAGUGUGUGCGAUGCCUGCAAUGUAUCUACAGAGUUUAAUGAAUGCAUCGUCCACUUAAGAGAUGGCAAUUUGUAUAACUCCUUUUUGGACAGGGACAAUGCAACUUUUAUAAAUGAAUUGAUCUGUGUACAUAGCGAUUACACAAUAAAAUUUUCAAACUUUCUCGAA